AUGUCUCGUCCACAAACACAUCCUACUAAUGCAAACAAGCACCCUGGACAGAUUGUCCAGGAUGCAAACAAAGUGCAGCGACAAUCCAAAGAGGAGUCAUGCACUGCGAUUGCAGCAGUAGAAGAUGCUAUGGCCAUCCAGCAGAAUGCUCAAGCGAUGGGUCCUCCAAGGCUUGUUCGGCCGCAACCAAAGCCUCGCAUGGUCGUCGGUGGUAAGAACAGUAUUAAUCUAGAAAAUAAGGCUGUCACAGCAGAGUCUGAUGUGGACCUUGAUGACGAAGAGCAUUAUGAACCCCCAGCAGCCCAGGGGAGACAGGACUUGGUGCAUUUCAUGGAGAGACCGAGAGAUGCCUCAAGGGGCGACAAGCGUUCACUUCAAACCUUGGAAGAAGCAGACUACACUGACCUUGAAGGACUUGAGCUUCUUGAGGACCCAGAGGCUGCUGAAGAUGGGGAUGAGCUGUAUAUUGACAAUGCAGCAAUGAUGGUGGAUGACAAUGGACGCACAGAUCAAAAGGCCAAGGUUAUUGAGACGCGAUGUACAAGUUCGAUGUCAGUUGGUAUCUCAGACUCAAAGACCACCAAUGCACGGAUCAAGCCUGAGGAUGCAGUCCCAGAAAACCACCAUGCAAAGAUCAGAAAAGGUAAAGCGAAGAACUCGGACCUAUCCAGCAGAGUCCUUGAACAAGGUCAAUGGCGCACAGUAUUCCUUCCCUCUUUGAUGUACUGGGUGGGUAAUGACAACAACGGAUGGUCCAUCCCGGAGAGCGAGCUCGAGAGUGCCCUUGAAGAUGUAUACUAUGCAGUGUAUCCACGUUCACGUCGAGGACAUUGUGAAUUUCUUACCGACGGCUUCCCAUUUCAAUUGGUGUCCCAAAGGAUUCACGAGUGGCGUGCUGCGUUUGGUUCAACCGCCGUCAGCGUCUUGAUGGCCUUUUUUGCUUCAACACCUGAGUAUGAGACCCAGGAAGCCCGCGAGGAAUACACCAAGUAUCAACUCCAGGACUGCUGCUUCAUAUAUGAAGAUCCCAAAAAUGAAGAGCAACCCGGCACAUUUUUAUCAGAAUAUAUAUUAUGCACUUUCGCCUCCCACCUUACUGCAAUAUCUGGGAGAGUGAGGGUUGAUGCAUUGGUCCAGUUUGGGAAGCCUGGAUAUCUGACUGUGUUGGUGCUUGCAGCUGCAGCAGCCGAGCAUGCUCUUCUCCUUGUCAAAGAUCAUUUACUGAUUGAUAGCGACCCCUCCGACAAUGGCGGCAAGGGUCACAAGAUCCUGCAAACACUCAAUGAAGCCACGAACAAGAUGAGCCACACAGGAACGGCAUUCUCCUCUGGGAACUGGGAGACAGACACUAAGGCGUACAUGGAAAGUGUCAAGGACUUACCGUACUCUCGUAUCCAGGAGAUUCUUACUUGUGCUGAAGAGUACAUGAAACACCCACGUCACAAUUGUCUGAGUCGUUCGGGAGUGGACGAGAGUUGUGACUCCUCCCAGUCGAUUGCUCCUGCUAACAAGCGUGCCCGCCUGCGCAUCUGUAAUUUUAUUUUAUUUGUAUUUUUGUUCGUCUGUGUUAAGAACAUGCUCAAAGGUCGGAUCCGAAGGGCUUGGCUUCAGCUCGUGCGCUGCGCCCCUUACCCGAGUAUGUGCCCCUUACUUCCGAGGGCUGUCGAACGAUGUCCGAAGGUUACCGGACGAUGUCCGGAGGGCAUCGGGCAAUGUCCAGAGUCUGAUGUCCGAUGCGUGGGAAUUCCGGCGGACGUUUGGGAACAAGAGAUAAGACUAAUCUGGACGAAGUCCAAACUAGAAAGGAAACAGCGGAGGACUACCAGAGGUAGAGGCGGAGGUGACAAGUCUAUAGGAAUCGAUCCUAAGACGAGCGGAGGUCGACGAGAGAGAAACUCAAGUCGGACGGAGGAGGGAAUGAGCAGAGUCUAAGAUG